AGACACGCCGCGCUCUUUAUUUCGUAUUUAUUCAAACUACAAUGAAAGCGGCCGCGUGUGUUGUUGCUGUGCUUAUUAUUCGUAAAUUACGUAGAAGAAGGAAUAAAAGAAAGUGUAUUAAAAAAAGGCAGUGUUGGAUGCGACCACUCUUUCAACAAAGGACAAAGAAUCUGAAAGGGAUCUUUUACGAAAUCAACUACCGAACGCCACAGUUUUUAAGAUUAUCUUUGGAAGAAUUCGAACACAUACAUACAUUGGUAGAUCCAUUUAUUAAAAAAAUGGAUACUCACUGGCGAACGGCAAUAACGUCGAAGGAGAGACUUGCAAUAACGUUACGUUAUUUGGCUACAGGAGACUCCUAUUCCAGCCUACAAUACACGUUUCACGUAUCAAAGCAAACAAUAUCAACAAUAAUUCCAGAAGUGUGCGAUGCCAUAGUGAGAGCUCUUAAGGACAUGGUACAGCUACCAGUGUCAGAGCAAGAUUGGAAAGCAGUAUCUAAAGACUUCGAGGAAAAAUGGAAUUUUCCGCACACUAUUGGGGCGUUAGAUGGAAAACACAUAAAUAUUCAAGCUCCUUUUCGUAGCGGCACUGAAUAUUUUAAUUAUAAAAAGUUCUUUAGUAUCGUGCUAUUAGCAUUAGUAGACGCAAACUACAAUUUUAUGUAUGUUAACAUAGGAAGCCAAGGUCGAAUUUCAGAUGGAGGAGUUUAUAAACAUUCCGAAUUGUAUCGAAAGGUAGAAAAUAAUCAACUUAAUGUACCAGCGCCAGAAAUUUUACAAAUACCCUACAUAACUAAAAUACCAUAUGUAAUAUUAGGAGAUCAAGCUUUUGCAUUAAGCACACAUUCGAUGACACCAUUUGCAGGAAUUCAUUCAAAAGGGUCAAAAGAAAGGAUUUUCAACUAUAGACUAUCAAGAGCACGCCGAGUAGUAGAAAAUGCUUUUGGAAUCAUGUCGGCAAAAUUUAGAGUAUUGAGAAGUACAAUGAUUUUAAGCCCAAAAUCAGCCAAAACCAUAGUUCUAGCUACUGUUCACUUGCAUAACUUCCUUCGCAGAGACUCUUUAUUAAAAAAAACAAAUGAUUCGACGAUUGAAACAGCUUCCUUUACUCCAAAUCAAUUUAUUACCACUCCUUCUGAUAUUCGUAUUUUUUUGUCAAGAUAUUUUAUGACAAACGGAUCAAUUGAUUGGCAAGAAAGAUAUUAAAUAAUUGCAUAACCUUAGGUAAAAAAUGGCCAAAAUUAAUAAACAGCCCCUUAGCAUUAUUUGAUCUCAUAGAUUUUGCAGUAUGCGGGGUGUAUGUAUAAUAUGGCCGUUACAUCUAAAGUAAUAUUAAAAAGAGGAAAGUUUUUUUUGUUUGUUACGAUUUAACUCAAAAACUACUGGACCGAUUUUGAUUUUUUUUUUACUAUUACAAAGCUACAUCUUCACUGAGUAACAUUAGGUUAUAAUUUAUAAAAAAACAACCAGACCACGCGGGCGAAGCCGCUGGCGGAAUGCUAUAGUCUAAAAAAAAUAUAAAAGAAAUAGGUACUUACCACUGC